AUGGACAGGCAGGCCUGGCGCACACGGACCGGAGCCAGUCAUGGCGCGCUUCUCACGGGACUCUCAGCCACCGAAGGCGGGUGGCUCGGAUUCAACGAGCAGCAGCAGAACGAGACGAGCAUUGAGUCGGGUGGAGCCUUCCAUCCUGGCAUUCCGCCAGAAGCUGGGAUGGGAUCCGGCUAG